AUGCUACCCACCAUGUCUCAGGCAGCCCGUGUCGUGUCUACUGCAGCGGCAAAGUCUCGUGGGAAAGGCCUGCUUGGUCGCCACCUGGCGGCGCUCCAUGGCAGCAGGCGGGCGAUGGCGAGCACUUCGGACGACUACUUGAUCCUAGAACAAAGGUACAACGCCCACAACUACCACCCCCUCCCGGUGGUCCUCAGCAAGGGAAAGGGCGUGAUGGUGUGGGACGUCGAGGGGAAGCAGUACUUCGACUGGCUCAGCGCCUACUCCGCGGUGAACCAGGGACAUUGCCACCCCAAGAUCGUGGGGGCCUUGGUGGACCAGGCGCAGAAGCUCACCCUUGCGUCUCGUGCCUUCUCCACCGACUGCCUCGGAGAAUUCGCCCUUUACGUGACCGCCUACUUCGGCUACGACCGCAUCCUGCCGAUGAACACUGGAGUCGAGGGGGGAGAGACAGCCAUCAAGCUCGCGAGGAGAUGGGGCUACGACGUCAAGGGCGUCGAGGAGAACAAGGCUCACGUGGUGUUCGCGGAGAAUAAUUUCUGGGGAAGAACCUUAGCGGCGGUGAGCUCGUCCACCGACCCGGAGAGCUACAACGGCUACGGGCCGUACAUGCCCGGGUUUUCGACGGUGCCAUACAACGACGUGGCGGCGCUGGAAAAGCGUCUUGCGAGCAACCCCAACACGGUGGCCUUCAUGGUGGAGCCCAUCCAGGGGGAGGCCGGCGUCGUGGUCCCGGACGACGGUUACAUGGCCAAGGUGCACGAGGUCUGCCGGCGACACAAGGUGCUGCUGAUCGCUGACGAGGUUCAGACGGGGCUGUGCCGGGCGGGCACCGACCUCGCGUGCGACCACGACGGCGUCAGGCCUGACAUUCUGGUGCUGGGCAAGGCCUUGAGCGGAGGGGUGUACCCGGUGUCGGCGGUCCUUGCGGACGACGAGAUCAUGCUCACCGUCAAGCCCGGCCAGCACGGCUCCACCUAUGGCGGAAACCCGAUGGCUUGCCGCGUGGCGACGGCGGCCCUGGAGGUGCUGCGAGAGGAGGGCAUGGCGGAGAACGCCUGCCUCAUGGGCGAGAGGCUUCGCGCCGGCCUCCGAUCGCUGAACGCGCCGGGCGUGGAGCUGAUCAGGGGCCGCGGCCUCCUCAAUGCCGUCGUCGUAAAGGACGACCGAGGUGAUGGGACGAAGGCGUGGGACAUGUGCCUCGACCUCAAGGAGAAGGGGCUGUUGGCCAAGCCGACCCAUGGCAACAUCAUUCGACUGGCCCCUCCUCUCUGCAUCACGGCGGACCAGAUAGACGCGUCCCUGGACAUAAUGUCCUCGGUAUUGACCAAGGCGUAGGGUAAAAGGUAGGGUUAUUCGACUGCUUGGGUUGGCCUCGAGCGGGGAUGACGUUAGAAUGGUGGAGAGCUUCGCAUGGUGACCAACAAGUGCGGCAAGUGUGAUACUUCCAUGUGUUGCGAGGUACUUUGCAAUAGUAGUAUCAGUGAUAACUGGAAGUAGACGAUACUACUGUAAGUAGUUCCGAAGGUUUUUAUGAUGUGCUGCGAUGUCUUCGACAGUAGGACGUGCACAGCGUGUGUCGCGAGUUCUGAAACGUUGGUAUCAUGCACGCAUAACGGUGACAGACCCGCAGCACUCGGUGCCCCCCCCCCCAACACGCACAAAACGAUCGUCUACUACGCUAUUGCAAUGACGAAGAUAUAAAAACGUCGGGAAAGGGUACACACAACAAAUGAGAUAGGUCUCAGUUGGUGCUGUGGAUGGGGGGCGGCUGCUAUGCUCUUUGAGCCGCAAGUAAUAGUGCAGAAGGGCAGUGGCGGCUUGGCCGUGGCCAAAAGAACUAAAGAACACUGUUGGGUUGCCCUUGGUCGCGCGCGUGUGCAGUAGUGCAUUCUUUCUUUGCGGGGUGUUGAUCCUGCAAUUUAUGUAUUUGGUGUUGUGUUCUGUGUGGUCUCGGUGUGUAUGUUUGUGCCCCCCCCUGCUGCCUCGGUCCAAUCAGCAACAAGGGCGCGCUCACGUGGGACCGUACGCCUGCUGGCUAGUCAACAGCUUUAGUGGGCAGGCAUAUGUACGACACAACUCGAUGAAAGCGCUCCUUCUUGAGAUGAACAAGAAGCGCUACCCUACCCUACUGUAUACCCAUGCGAUUUAGCCACAUUUGCAGUGUUGCAUCUAUCUGCCCGUGAGGGGACGGGUUGGAGUGUCCGCGAAAGAAGUAGCAUGGUUAACGGCAGCCGCAGCGUUAGGGUUUGGCCGCACCCCCGCAUCGCGGUAAGUGAGGGGACUCCAAACAAAACUGCUCCGCAAGAAACGCUUAUAAUAGCGACAAGUCUCAAGUCGUGGCUUUCGACGUGCUUGAUGAAUCGAUCGGUCCAUCAUAUCGAUCGUU